AUGUUGCUUCUGCUGAUACUGCUGAAGGGUAUUUUGUAUUCCGCACAAAGUUUUCAACAAAAAUCACUUCACAUCACAAUUCCACAGAAGAUUUGGUCAAAUGCAUCUGAAGAUUCAGUGGAACAACAUGUGGCAUAUAUUGUUACAAUAGAAGGAAAACCACAUACUUUAUAUCUUCAAAAACAAUUAUUUUUACCACAGGAUUUCAUGAUUUAUACAUAUAAUGAACAUGGUAUCUUAAAUUCUUCUUCUUCAAAAGUUAUGAUACAGUGUAAUUACCAUGGACAUGUUGCAGGUUUUCCAAAAUCACUCGUGACACUCAACACCUGUUCUGGACUCAGGGGAUUACUCCAGUUUGAAAAUAUCAGCUAUGGAAUUGAACCCUUGGAGUCUACUGCACGGUUUGAACACUUGGUUUACCAAAUAAAGAAUGAAAAUGCCAAUAUUCCUCUUUUGGAAGAAAGUGAUACAGAAACCUGGUUUAGACAUGCGACUUAUAAAAAUCAUAUAGAAUUAGAAAAAAACACAGUUUCACAUUUAUUGCCCCGAUAUCUGGAAAUGCAUGUUAUUGUGGAUAAAACUUUGUAUGAUCAUCUGGGUUCUGAUAUGUCAGCUGUAACACAGAAACUUGUUCAGGUUAUUGGCCUUGUUAAUACUAUGUUUACCCAGCUCAAAAUGACAGUUGUAUUGUCUUCUUUGGAAAUCUGGUCAGAUAGAAAUAAAAUCUCUACCAUUGGGGAGCCUAAUGAUUUACUAAUCAGGUUUUUGGCAUGGAAGCAAAAGUUUCUUGUUAUAAGGCCCCAUGACAUAGCAUAUUUAUUUGUUUAUAGGAACCAUCCCAACUAUGUUGGGGCAACAUUUCCUGGAAAAAUGUGUAAUAAAAGCUAUUCUGCAGGAAUAAUCAUGUAUCCAAGAACAAUAUCAUUGGAGACACUUUCAGUUAUUCUGGUACAGUUGCUUGGACUUAAUUUGGGAUUAACAUUUGAUGAUGCCAGCCAGUGUCAUUGUUCAGGAGCUGCCUGCAUAAUGAACCCUGCAGCAGUGGAAUCCAGUGGAGUAAAGGUUUUUAGCAGCUGCAGUCUGGAUGACUUUAAAAAGUUUGUUUCAAGGCCUGGGGUUGACUGUCUUCAAAAUCAACCAUAUGUGAAACCAGUUUACAGAGCAACAGCAAUAUGUGGAGAUGGCUUUGUGGAAGGUGAUGAAGAGUGUGAUUGUGGAUCAGAAAAGGAAUUUUCUAGAUGUAAAUUUAAAAAUUGCUGUGUUAAGGAGACAUGUAAAUUGAAACCAUCAGCAAGAUGUGGUUCUGGACCAUGCUGUACAAGCAGUUGUCAGUUUCAGAAGAGAGGUAAAAUAUGUAGGCCUAAAGCAAAUGAAGAAUGUGAUUUUAAUGAUUUUUGCAAUGGAACAUCUCACGAAUGUGUACCUGAUACUUUUGUACGGAAUGGUGAAAAGUGCCGUAAGAAUACUGCCUUUUGUGUUAAUGGAGUAUGUGCUGACAUAAACGACCAGUGUAAAGCUAUAUUUGGAUCAGGUUCCAGAGGUGGUUCUUUUGCAUGUUUUGAAGAAAUGAAUGGCAGAAGUGAUAGAUUUGGAAACUGUGGUGUUAAUAGAGAUUCAUUUAAAGCCUGUCCAUUUGAGGAUCUCUUGUGUGGAAAAUUAGUUUGUACAUGGCCAAAGAAAUCAUUGUUCUUCCAAAGAGAUAUAUCUGUGAUUUAUGCACGUGUUUAUGAUGAUGUAUGUGUAUCUAUUGCACAUACUAUUCCAAUACGACCAGGACAAAGAGAUUUUACAUUUGUGAAUGACGGUACUCCAUGUGGUCCUAACAUGGCUUGUUCAAAAUUUUCUUGCGUAGAGUCUCGUUUUUUGAUGGAAGGAAGUUGUAAUGCCACUGAAAAGUGUCAUGGAAAAGGACGUUGCAAUAAUUUUGACUCCUGUCAUUGUAAUACUCACUACUCACCACCAGAUUGCAAGAAAAUGGUUUUCAUGUCAGGGGGAAGUUAUGAAGAUGGGCAUUUAGCAAAGCCUGAUGUACUCAGGUCUCGAAGUUAUAUUGCUUCUAAAAAGAACUGGCUUAUUCUUGGCUUCUACAUUUCUCUACCCUUUCUCAUCAUUAUUGUCAUUAUUAUUUUAAAUUGGGAUAAAAUGAAAGAAUUAUGUAGAGAAGAAACGCAAAGUGAAGGGUCUUUAUCAGGAGAGAGCAGCAUGUCAUAUAGUACAAGUUUACCCAAUGGUCUGAGUGCUGAGAGCUCUGAGAGCCCCCUCCCUAUGCUGCUACACUGGGUAGCUUUGGGCAUCACCUGCAACUUGGGCCUGAAGUAG